AUGGAAAAAGCAACAAAACCAUGGCUCGUCCGCCACGACAUCCCACCAUCAAAGUGGACAGCCUUCGCCCGAAAACUAAGCAAGUAUACAAUUUACGGAUGCAUGCUCCUCCUCCCCGCCAACACCUUUGAAGGGCCCGAGUGGGAAAGCAUACAACCUUACCUGCGCGAUGACAGCCUCGAGGAACUCUACACCCUCAUUGCAAAGUAUCUCAAAACCACCGUCAUCGCGAUCAACAAACCCAUUCCGCCACAUCAAGAAGACUCGGAGGAUGAGAAUGUGCUACGUGCUCCCACCAAUUUCACGCCUGUAUAUGGAGAUUUCGGACCAACAUCAUGUAGUGCACCACCUACGGAAGAGGACUUUGAUGCGGCCUUUUGGGUGUCGGCCAAGCAGAAUGCGAUUCGUCAGACUUGGAGUCCGAGAUGGACGAUGUUUUCAAGAGGCAACAUCAGCGAGAAGGCGAGGCUGCUCACGUUGCCCUCAGUGGUGAAGGUUGUGGAGGAGGGGAGGUUGGAAUCAGGGUGUGCGGUCGUUGAUCUCUAUUGUGGUGUCGGGUACUUUUCCUUCUCAUACGUCAAAGCUGGCAUCACAAAGGUGCUUGGUUGGGAUCUCAACCCUUGGAGUAUUGAAGGGYUGAGGAGGGGUGCGAUUGCUAACAAAUGGGGAGUCACGGUGUUUAGAGAUGGCGAGACGGAUCUGGAGGAUGUGGUGAAGAAUGACGAGCAGCUGCUGGUCUUCAACGAGACAAAUGAGCUCGCCCCGGAGCGCAUUUCAAAAAUGAGGGCUCUCCUGCCUCCAAUCAGGCACAUCAACUGUGGCAUGUUACCCAGCUCAAGAUCUGCUCUCAAGCUCGCUGCUAUGAUCAUCGAUCCCAGACACGAUGGUUGGGUGCAUGUGCACGAGAACUUCCUGAUCAGCGAAAUCGAUCAGAAGGCAGAGGAGACGCGAAAGGAGCUCCAAUCUCUUGUCAGUGAUCAGCGUGGCAAAGAUGUGCGGGUUGAGCUCGAGUAUGUUAGUUGGCUGAAAAGCUAUGCUCCUGGGAUCGAGCAUUGCGUAUUAGAUAUCCUUGUAGCUGCAACAGAUCCUGCAUAG